AUGCAACGUGUUGUCCACGAUGAUCUGGGUAUGAAGAGCCUUGUCAAGUCAAAAAGACAACUUCUAAGUGAGGCAACUAGAGCCAAAAGACGCAAAAGAUCAAAAGAGUUACUAAAUUGGUUCAAAGACCACAAAGAUGUCCCUAUCGUUUACAGUGAUGAAAAAACUUUCACAGUUGAACCAGAACCCAACAGAUACAAUGACAGAGUUCUUGGUAAGUCCAGAAGAACAGUUCCUUUGGAACUGAGGUCUAUUCCAAAGAGACAGCACGCUGUGGGCGUCAUGGUUUGGCCAGGUGUGUGCUCUGAUGGGUCAAAAACUCCCCUUGUUUUUGUUCCUGAAGAAGAUCUGGAAGAAUCUUAG